AUGGUUAUAAGGAUACUAGCUUGGCUUGAAAAAAGCGUAGAAGACAUUAGAGAAUCCCUUACUACAGAGAUAAAAGAACUAAAAUCUAGUCGGGCCCAAACUAAAAAUGCUAUAACCAAGAUACAAACACAAAUGCAGGCCAUAAAAAUGAGGGUGGAUGAAACAGAGGAGCAAAUUAGUGAGAAAAUCAAGUUAGCAAGUGGUUUUUCCAGCAGUAUAUCUGGUGGUAUUAAAUUUGGUGGUGCUGCUUCAAAUCGAAAUGACAUUGGUAGGGGUCCAUCUGGCCAAAGUGGAUUUGAUGUGAAUGCAGUCAAUGGAUUGGCUGGCUCUAAUUCUGCUGCCAGUGAAACAGCAGAUAAUAUGAACCCAAGAAGUAGGACUGGAUUUAGUAGCAGUGUCUCUGGAAAUUUGAGAUUUGGUUUGGGGGCAUCUGAUCAAAAGGGACUGGGCAUUGGUAGAGCUGACUGGAAUGAAAUGAGCAGUAGAGCAUCUGCCGGGGGUGAAUCAGUGGGUUUCGGAUUUGAUGCCCGUAGCUCAGUUGGAACUGGGUCUUUUGGUUGGGAACUUGGAAAACAGAAGGGCAAUGCUGCAUUUGGUUUUGGAGCUUCUGGUUCGAGUUCAUUUGGUGACAGUGGCAUUAAUGGCAAAAUAAAAAUUGAAGGAAAGCAAAUGAGUAGUUCUGGAGGACCCAUUCCCAAUGAUCUAGGUGUUACCACUUUGAGAGAUCGGAGUACAUUUGUUGGUGACAGCUCUGGAAAAUCAGAAACCAAUUUAGGGGUUUCUGGUCAACAGGGAUUUGGAAUCAGUGAAAUUGGAGGGGAUAGAAUGAGUGGCAAUGGAUCUGCCCAGGCUGGAUUCAAAGGCUUUGGAUCUGAUGCUGGUAGCUCAGGAGACAAUACUUGGUCUUCUGGUUCUGGAAGUGGUGGAGGAAGGAAGGGUGCAGCUGGACUUGGUGGUGGUGCUUCUGGACCAAACGAAUUUGGUGAAACUGGCCUUAGUGGUGCAGGUGAAGCUUCUACUUGGGGCAAAGGAACAUAUAAAGCUUUCAAUGGCCGCAUGUUUUCCUUUGAGUCUACCUGCGCAUACACUUUCUGCCAUCAUUGCAUUGAAUCUGGAGGAGAUUUCAACAUUGAGAUCAAACGAAAGAGUAAUAGUGACUUUGAAAAAAUAGCAGUUAAAAUCGACAAUAAUGAGGUCUCCAUCUUUGGUGAUCGCAUCCUAGUUAACGAAGAAAGAGUACAGAUACCAUAUGACAAUAAAUUGAUACACAUUAAAAAAUAUGGAGAACAUUAUGUCCUGAAGAGCCGUAGAGGAAUCCUGUCUUUGAUGUGGGACAAAAAUAAACUCUCACUUGCUCUUCAUAAGCAAUAUCCAACUUGCGGUCUUUGUGGUAACUUCAACAGCACUCCAGGAGACAAUAUCAGUGAACACAUUGCCAAUAGUAAAAUUCCUGGUGAUUGUCAUGAAGCUUUUAGUAAAAGCUAUGAAAUUUGUGAAGAUGGCAUAGAGUACUGUAACAAAAUUAUUGGAACAUACUUUGAGAAAUGUAGAAAGGUCGCUGCUUUUUCCAAUGACUACAGAACGAUCUGCGUUAAUGACUACUGCCAAAAUAGAGGCAAAAAUUCUACGUGUGACACUUACUCAGAAUUGUCCCGCCUCUGUGCCUCAGAUGGUCCCGGCAUCUAUGAAUCCUGGCGAGAUGAUUCUGAUGUGACUUGUGGAAAACCUAGAUGCCCAGAAAAACAUAUCUACAAAGAAUGUGGUCCCUCAAAUCCUGCAACUUGUUCUAAUGUGGCUCCUUUUCAAGACAGUGAAUGUGUGAAUGGCUGCUUCUGCCCAGAAGGUUAUCUAUUGGAUGAUAUUGGAGAAAAAGGGAGAUGUGUAUUAAAGACUGAAUGUCCCUGUGAUUUACAUGGAAAGAUCUAUAAGUCAGGGGAAGUCCGAAGAGGUCCUUGUGGUUCUCAGUGCACGUGCCAAAAUGCAAAGUGGUCUUGCACUGACGCAUUAUGUCCUGGAAGAUGUAAGGUAGAAGGAAAUUCAAUCACCACCUUUGAUGGUAUUAAAUACCACCAUCCUGGAAACUGUCACUUCUUGGCCAUCCACCAUAAAGAUUGGUCUGUUAGUGUUGAACUUCGUCCAUGUCCAAGUGGCCAGUCAGGAACGUGCUUGAGUAGUGUCACACUCCUCUUAAAUUCGCCUAUUUUAGGUAACAAAUUUGUAUUCAAUAGAAAUGGAACAGUCACAAACAAUGGGAUUGAAUAUGUAAAUCAAAGUUAUGACGAUUCAGUGUAUGUCUUCAAAGCAUCUUCCUCAUACCUUCAAGUAGAAACAAACUUUGGUGUAAAAAUGCAAAUACAAAUUGCUCCAGCAAUGCAAUUAUAUGUUUCAGUGCCACCCAACCAUUUCACAGACACUGUAGGACUCUGUGGUUCCUUCAACAACAGAGUAGAGGAUGAUUUAAUGUCAAGUCAGAAUAUAUUGGAGAAGACGCCUCAGGCAUUUGCUGAUUCUUGGGAAAUGAUGCCCUGUCCUAAAGGAAAACCCACUUCAUGCAUCAGUAUAGAAAAAGAAAAAUUUGCCGAAAAGCAUUGUGAAAUUUUUCUUGAAUCAGAUGGGCCUUUUGCUUCCUGCCAUCCAAUUGUGAAUGCUAAACCAUAUUAUGAGGAAUGCAAAAGAUACACUUGUACUUGUGAAAACAGUGAAGAUUGCUUGUGCACGAUUUUUAGCAACUAUGUGAAAGCAUGUGCUGAGAAAGAAGUAUACAUGGUGGGAUGGAGAACCGGACUAUGUGAUUCCUCUUGUCCAAGUGACCUCGUUUUCAAGUACAAUAUAAAAGCCUGCAAUAAAACUUGUCGAUUAUUGUCAGAGAGAUAUAGGAGCUGUGAUAUAGAAGAUGUUCCAUUUGAUGGAUGCACUUGCCCUGAUGGAAUGUACCAGAAUAAUGAAGGGAAUUGUGUUCCAAAAUCUCAGUGUGACUGCUACAUAAAUGGCAAGGUCAUGCAACCAGGCAAACUCAUCAAUAUUAAUAACAACAGAUGUAUCUGUCGGGAUGGAAAUUUUCUUUGCCAGACUCCCAUUAGUUCAACCCAACAGAAUUGUUCUGGAGGGGCCGAAUAUGUUGACUGCCAGGGCCCGAGGGCACGGAGAAGAGUUGACAGUAAAUGUGGCGCUUGGAACAUGCCUGGUUUUGAUGAGAACUUGCCUUGCGAAGCUGGGUGCUACUGUCCAGUAGGCAUGGUUCGAAAUUCUAAAGGGAACUGUGUCUUUCCUGAAGACUGCCCAUGUUCUUUUGGUGGAUGGGAGUAUGAGCAAGGAAGUGUUACCACGGUUGGCUGCAACAACUGCACUUGCGUAAAAGGAUCUUGGAGCUGUACACAAAAUAAAUGUCAAACCGUCUGCCACAUCUAUGGAGAAGGUCAUGUUAGAACUUUUGAUGGAAAAAGUUACAGCUUUGAUGGUCUCUGCCAAUAUUCAUUUGUUGAGGAUUAUUGUGGUCGUGAAAAUGGCACAUUCCGUAUCUUAACUGAAAGUGUCCCAUGCUGUGAAGAUGGGCUUACGUGCUCAAGAAAAAUCAUAGUUGCUUUUCAGGAUCAGAAUGUUGUCUUGCAUGAUGGUAAAGUAACAGCAUCCAAAAUUACGGAAAGUAAGGACUGUGGACUCAGUGAAAAUACAUACUCUGUACAUACCGUUGGCCUGUACUUGAUUCUGAAGUUUUUAAAUGGGAUAACCAUAAUUUGGGACAAGAAUACAAGAGUUUCUGCUAUAUUGGAUCCUCGCUGGAAUGGCAAAGUGUGUGGUCUUUGUGGAAAUAACAAUGGUGAUCUCAAGGAUGAUUUCAUAACAAGACAUUCAUCAGAAGCUAUUGGAGCACUGGAAUUUGGAAACAGUUGGAAAACAAGUCAAAAAUGUGCAGACACACUAACACAAAAUUUCCCAUGUGACUCAAAUCCCUACUGUAAAGCCUGGGCUGUGCAGAAAUGUGAGAUCAUCCGGGACAGCAUCUUCAAAGAAUGCCAUCACAAGGUGGACCCCGAAGCUUACUUAGAAGCAUGUAUUGAGGAAGCCUGCUCAUGUGACACGGAGGGGAAGUAUUUGGGAUUCUGCACGGCUGUGGCCAUGUACGCAGAGGCCUGCAGUGCAGUUGGAGUCUGUGUCACGUGGAGAAAACCAGAUCUCUGUCCUGUCUUCUGUGAUUAUUAUAAUGGACCUGGGGAAUGCAGUUGGCGCUAUGAACCUUGUGGUACAGUGACUACAAAAACAUGCAGAGAUCGAGUUAUUGGCCAGAAAUUUUCUGCAGUUUUGGAAGGUUGCUAUGCUAAGUGCCCGGAGAGUGCUCCUUACCUGGAUGAGAACCUCAUGAAAUGUGUCCGUUUAUCUGAGUGCAGCUGUUUCUACAAUGAUAUCAUACCAGCAGGGGGAAUGAUUCAGGAUAACUGUGGAAGAACAUGCUAUUGCAUCGCAGGAGAGUUGGAGUGCAGCAUUUCUACUACAACAGUUACCUCCAUAUUAAGCACUGAAGCAGGUGGUGCUGGACUUCCAGUUUCCACGACCCUCGAGGCUGGCAGCGGAGGCAGCACUGGAGUGGGCCCCACCGUGACCGGUCCCUGGCGUGGAGCAGGUGGUGCUGGACUUCCAGGUUCCACGACCCUCGAGGCUGGCAGCGGAGGCAGCACUGGAGUGGGCCCCACCGUGACCGGUCCCUGGCGUGGAGCAGGAGGGACCGGCGGCCCUACCGCAGCAACCGGAGGAGGUUCCGUAGAAAGUUCAGCGGGCUUCAGCACAGCACGUGGGGGUGAGAAGACAAGUGCAGGCUCAAGUGCCCCAGGGGCAACCUCGGGAGGCAGACCAGGAACAACUCGAGGACUUCAGUCAGAACCUUCAAGAACAGGUGGUGCUGGACUUCCAGGUUCCACGACCCUCGAGGCUGGCAGCGGAGGCAGCACUGGAGUGGGCCCCACCGUGACCGGUCCCUGGCGCGGAGCAGGAGGGACCGGCGGCCCUACCGCAGCAACCGGAGGAGGAACAACUCGAGGACUUCAGUCAGAACCUUCAAGAACGGGUGGUGCUGGACUUCCAGGUUCCACGACCCUUGAGGCUGGCAGUGGAGGCAACCCUGGUGUGGGCCCCACUGGGAGCGGUACUGGGCGCGGAGCAGGAGGAACCGGCGGCCCUACUGCUGCAACCGGAGGAGGUACAUCUGUAACAUCUGGUGAUGCAACUAGUGGAAAUGAAAAUAAACCUGCAUCACCCAGCAGUGGUACUACAAGCUCUUCAGAUAAACCAGGUGACAUUAGCUAA